AUGGUUAAAUUACCUGAAAUUAUCGAGUCUCAUAGACCAAAAAUUUCCCCAGAAACUGAUUAUUCAACUUUAUCAAAUUAUAAAGAUUUUAAAGUGGAAAAUUCCAAUUUAAAUAUUGAAUUAUUAUUUAAUGAACAAAAAAUUAUUGGUAAUGUUACUUAUCAACUCUUGGCUUUAAACUCUAUUCAAAAAAUUACUUUGGAUUCAAGUUUUAUUAAAAUUAACAAGAUUAAUGUUAAUAAUACCCUGGCACAAUAUCAAAUCAAUGAAAGAGUUGAACCAUUAGGAUCUUCAUUAGACAUUACAUAUGAAGCUCCAAGAGAAUCAUCAUUAGAAUUAUCAAUUGAUUUUGAAACAACCAAGGAUUCUACUGCGAUUCAAUGGUUGAAAACCGAGACAAGUACAACAGAUUCAUCAGAUUAUGUCUUUACUCAAUUAGAACCAAUUCAUGCACGUUCAUUAUUCCCAUGUUUUGAUACACCAUCAGUUAAAUCUACUUUUAAUGCAAUUAUUAAAUCAAAACAUCCAGUUGUAUUUUCAGGUUUACCAAUUUCAAAAGAUUCCUCAGAUAUUUAUGAAUUUGAACAAAGAAUUCCAAUUCCUUCUUAUUUAAUUGCAAUUGCAUCUGGUAAUAUUACAUCUGCUAAAGCUGGUCCAAGAUCUACUAUUUAUGCAGAACCAAAUAGAUUACAAGAUUCUAUAAAUGAAUUUGAACAAGAUUUAGAAAAAUUCAUUAAAAUUGCAGAAGAUAUUGUUACACCAUAUAUUUGGUCAACUUAUGAUAUUUUAAUUAAUCCUGCAUCAUUCCCAUAUGGUGGUAUGGAAAAUCCAAAUAUUACAUUUGUUACACCAACUUUAAUCUCUUAUGAUAAAUCACAAGUUGAUGUUAUUGCACAUGAAUUAGCUCAUAGUUGGAGUGGUAAUAAUGUUACAAAUGCCUCAUGGGAACAUUUUUGGUUAAAUGAAGGUUGGACCGUUUAUUUAGAAAGAAGAAUCACUGGUGCAUUACAUGGUGAAGCAUUUAGACAAUUUAGUUUUAUUCAAGGUUGGAAUGAUUUAAUUAAUUCAAUUGAAGCAUUACCAAAAUUUGAAUAUUCAAAAUUAGUUCAAGAUUUACAAAAGGGUAAAAUUGAUCCAGAUGAUACAUUUUCAUCAGUUCCUUAUGAAAAAGGUUCAAAUUUUAUUUAUCAUUUAGAAACAAAAUUAGGUGGUUUGAAAGAAUUUGAUCCUUUUAUUAAAUUUUAUUUCACCAAAUUUCAACAAAAAUCAUUAGAUACUUAUCAAUUUAUUGAUUCAUUAUAUGAAUUUUAUGGUAAUGAUCAAUCCAAGAUUGAUAUUUUAAAUAAUAUUGAUUGGGAAUUAUGGUUAUAUACACCAGGAUUACCACCAAAAGCUGAUUUUGAUACUACAUUAGUUGAUAAUGUUUCAUCAUUAGUUUCUAAAUGGAUUUCAAAAGCCACUGAAUUUAAAGAAAUUGAAGAAUUUAAAGAAUUCUUCACUAAAGGUGAACCUAAAUCAUUAUAUGAUGGAUUCUCAUCACCACAAAAAAUCUUAUUUAUUGAUUCAUUAUUAGAAUCUCAACCUUCAUCAGAUUUCUGGUUAAAUAAUUCAAAAGCAUCAGAUUCAUUAUUAGAAAUUUAUCCAGAUUUACAAGAUUCCAAAAACACAGAAAUUAUUUUCCGUUGGUUUAAAUUAAAAUUACUUUCUGGUAAAUCUCAAUAUUACAAUGAUUUAUCUAAAUGGUUAGGAACUGUUGGUAGAAUGAAAUAUGUUAGACCAAGUUAUAAAUUAUUAAAUAGAGUUGAUCGUGAAUUAGCUAUUGAAACUUUCAAGAAGUAUCAAUCAUUUUAUCAUCCAAUUGCUGCUAAUUUGGUUAAACAAGAUUUAGGAUUGUAA